CAGACUAGCCAGAGCAACAUAGUGAGACCCAGUCUCAAAACACCAAAGACAGGGUGGCAUGUUUCUCCAGCAGGAGGGGAACUAUGAAGUGAACCUUGACCUUUUGAUCUUUCUGUCUCAUUGGGACUGGAAGGUCUUGCUAAUUAGCUGAUGCUCACCUAGUUUUCCCUUCUUCCCAGCCUUGGGCCAGCAUGCCGUGCCGGUGUCUGGUGUGGAUACAUCCAGACCCGAGCUGUGUCAUGGUGUUACUGGUAAUUCAACAGUGCAUUUUUGGGGUAAUGGCAAGGAUUACAGUUUAUAGUAGUAAUGCACUCAGGAACCGUUACUGUUUUUCCAGUGUCUUUCUCUUUUUAGGACUCCUUUGCCGUUCUGACUGUCCUCUAAGGUUUUCCUGAGUGCAGACAGGAUGACAGUCUGUGUUUUCCUCAGGGCUAUCCACCGGCCUUGGAGGGUUUAAUUAGGUACUUUCCUAAACCUGGCUUAUUUCGGGCUUUUUCCGUACCAAGUGAGUGGGAGACGCUGUUGGGGAUUCGGAGCUGGAAAAAACAGUAGUCUCAGAGGAAACAAACCCAAACCAAACCGCGGCGCUCUUUACUACUGGUUGGCCCCGCGCCGUGUCCGCGCCGUGCCCGCUCCGUCCGCUAGGAGGCGCGCCAGGAAGUUCCGGAAGUCCGUCCCGAAACCCCACACGGAACUUUCUUCAUUGCACUUCCGUUGAGCUUCGCGCUAAUGUUUGUCCUCUGCGGCUGCCCGUCCGCAGACGAAUCUAGCCCGGGAACUAAGAGUCAGGGGAGCGCGUUCAGCAGUCCGGAUCUUGUCGAUUCCAGAAGCCUUCCGGACUGGCAAGAUGUGCUCUCUGGGGUUGUUUCCCCCGCCGCCGCCUAGGGGUCAAGUCACCCUAUACGAGCACAAUAACGAGCUGGUGACCGGCAACAGCUACGAGAGCCCGCCCCCCGACUUCCGGGGCCAGUGGAUCAAUCUUCCUGUCCUACACCUGACCAAGGAUCCCCUAAAAACCCCUGGGAGGCUGGACCAUGGUACAAGAACUGCCUUCAUCCAUCACCGGGGACAAGUAUGGAAGAGGUGCAUCAAUGUUUGGCGUGAUGUGGGCCUUUUUGGAGUCCUGAAUGAAGUUGCAAACUCAGAGGAAGAAGUGUAUGAGUGGGUAAAGACAGCGUCCAGCUGGGCCCUGGCUCUCUGUCAAUGGGCCUCCUCCCUCCACGGCUCCCUGUUCCCACAUCUGUCCCUCAGGAGUGAAGAUCUGAUCGCCGAGUUUGCCCAAGUAACUAAUUGGUCUAGCUGCUGCUUACGGGUCUUUGCAUGGCAUCCUCACACCAACAAGUUUGCAGUCGCCCUGCUGGAUGACUCCAUCCGUGUGUAUAAUGCCAACAGCACUAUAGUUCCCUCCCUGAAGCAUCGUCUACAGCGAAAUGUGGCAGCACUGGCCUGGAAGCCCCUCAGUGCCUCUGUGCUGGCUGUGGCCUGCCAGAGCUGCAUCCUCAUCUGGACCCUGGACCCCACCUCCUUGUCCACCAGACCCUCUUCUGGCUGUGCCCAGGUAUUAUCUCACCCUGGGCACACACCAGUCACCAGCUUGGCUUGGGCCCCCAAUGGGGGGCGGCUGCUCUCUGCCUCACCUGUAGAUGCUGCUAUUCUGGUGUGGGAUGUCUCAACAGAAAUCUGUGUCCCCCUUCCCUGGUUCCGAGGAGGAGGGGUUACCAACUUGCUGUGGUCCCCAGAUGGCAGCAAAGUCCUGGCUACUACUCCUUCAGCUGUCUUUCGAGUCUGGGAGACCCAGAUGUGGACUUGUGAGAGGUGGCCCACUCUCUCAGGGCGCUGUCAGACUGGCUGCUGGAGUCCGGAUGGAAAUCGUCUGCUGUUCACGGUUCUGGGGGAAACGCUAAUUUACUCCUUGUCAUUCCCAGCACGAUGUGGAACAGAGAAGGGACGUGUUGGAGGCGCGAAGUCAGCAACAAUCGUGGCAGAUCUUUCUGAGACAAUAAUACAGACACCAGAUGGAGAGGAGAGGCUUGGCGGGGAGGCCCACUCCAUGGUUUGGGACCCUAGUGGUGAACGUCUGGCUGUGCUCAUGAAAGGAAACCCACGGGUACAGGAUGGGAAUCCCAUCAUCCUCCUUUUUCGAACUCGAAACAGCCCCGUGUUUGAGCUUCUUCCCUGCGGCGUUAUUCAGGGGGAACCAGGGGCCCAGGCUCAGCUCAUCACUUUUCAUCCUUCCUUCAGCAAAGGGGCCUUGCUCAGUGUGUGCUGGUCCACAGGCCGAAUCGCUCAUAUCCCUCUGUACUUUGUCAAUGCCCAGUUUCCACGCUUUAGCCCAGUGCUUGGCCGGGCUCAGGAGCCCCCAGCUGGAGGUGGCGGCUCUAUUCAUGAUGUGCCACUGUUUACUGAGACAUCAUCCACCUCUGCCCCUUGGGACCCUCUUCCAGGACUGCCACCUGCUCAGCCCCACUCCCCGCGCUCAUACUUGUAAAUAAAGUCAGUUUUCUACUCAUU